AUGGCCGACAUUCUCCCUCCUUUCUGUGCAGACACAGCUCAUAAGAAAGUCAAAGCAGCACAGGCUUUGUGGAACACGCGUGAUCCUCAGAAAGUAUCGCUCGCCUACACACCCAACAGCAUCUGGCGAAAUCGUGAUGUCUUCAUCCGAGGAACGGAUGAGAUCGUGAAGUUCCUAACAGAGAAAUGGGGCGUGGAGAACGGAUACCGCCUGCGCAAGGAGUUGUUCUCGUUCACAGAUAACAAGAUUGCGGUCCAAUUCUGGUACGAGUUUCAUGACGAGUUGGGUCAGUGGUGGCGAUGCUAUGGGCUGGAGGAUUGGACCUUCGCGGAGGAUGGGAAGAUGGAGAAGAGGAUGAUGAGUGGGAACGACGUGAAGAUCAGUGACAAGGAUCGUUGGUUCAAGGGGAGCGUAGAUGUCGACAGCGUGAAGAUAGGGGAAGAACAUUGGUAA